UAUGUAGAUAAACAAAAAAAACUUUAUAACUUUAUAUAAUCUACAUUUAUCUAUAUAUAGCAUAUAUGUAUUUAUUUGGUUAUAUAAUCUCUCUCUCGCUCUCUGCCAAAUCUCAGAGGCGCGUCAACGAAAAUGACGAACUACGGCGCGAUUCCGACGUCGUCACAUCCAUCGCCGGCGGUGGAACUCGAGUACAUCUCACGCGCAAAACACCGCAUCAAAUCCGGUCUGGCCACGCGCCGCCCAUGGAAAUCGAUGUUCGAUCUCAAAUCCAUGAAUCUCCCUCACGGUUUCUUCGACGCGAUCUCGAGGAUCAAGACGAAUCUCGGCUAUUUCAGAGCUAAUUACGCCAUCGGCGUCCUCGUCGUCCUCUUCCUUAGCCUUCUCUAUCACCCUACCUCUCUCCUCGUCUUAGCCAUCUUGGUCGUCUUCUGGAUCUUCCUCUAUUUCCUCCGCGACGAGCCUCUCAUGGUUUUCGGUCAUCAGAUCGAUGAUCGGACGGUCAUGAUCGGUCUCUCGAUUUUGACCGUCGGUUUGCUUUUGUUUACCCACGCGACGGCGAAUAUCCUCGGUUCGCUGUUAACCGCCGCCGUGUUGGUUCUGGUCCACGCGGCGGUUAGAAGGAGUGACAAUCUCUUCCUUGACGAGGACGCUGCGGCGGCUACUGAAACUUCAGGGCUGACGUCAUACCCUUCGUCAUAAACCCAACUAAAUUUGAUGAUUAUUCCAAUUUGUGUCUUCUUUUGUAUCUUACUCUCUGGGUGUGAUUGAGAAACUUGAAAACGUUCUGUACUUUGCUUAAUUUUUUGAAAGUGAAAGCUUAACAUAAC